AUGGAUACUAAAUGGAUAGAAUACAAGUGUAAAUCAGGACAGACUCUUUAUUAUUACAACAAACUGACAGGAGAACGCAAGUGGCCUUCGUAUGUAAAUUGUUCAGCAGAAGACGAGAAGGGCAUGAUUGGUCAGCCAGUCAUCGGUCAAGAUUUGUGUACAGGAACAGAUAUAGGUUGUCCUUCCAGUUUAGGGCCAAACACAGAACUUUCACCUCAACAAAAGCCAUUUGUUUUCCAUGCAGAAGAUGUUAAAGAUGAAGAAGACAGUAGAAUAGAUGCAGAUGGAAUUAUUGAUGCAAUGUUGAAAGUUCUUGAGGAAAUAACUGAUGGAAAUGACGCUGAACAUUUCGUAGAGAUUACAAGUGACAACAACAAUGAAACAACAGAUAAAUAUGUCAACUAUAAAGAUAGUGAUGAGAAUAUGGAAAAUGUACUUCAAGAAGGAGAUGGGAAUGGGAUGGGAAAUGACAACAACAAUGAAGCAACAAAUACCUAUGUUAGCAGUAAAGAUAGUGAUGAGAAUAUGGAAAGUGUACUUCAAGAAAGAGAUGGGAAUGGGAUGGGAAAUGACAACAACAAUGAAAUAUCAAAUACCUAUGUUAGCAAUAAAGAUAGUGAUGAGAAUAUGGAAAGUUUAUUUCAAGAAGGAGAUGGAAAUGACACUGAAUGUUUGGUUGGAUUUAUAAGUGACAACAUUAAUGAAGAAACAGAUAUCUCUGUUCAUCACAAGGAGAAUGCUUUGUCUACAGUAAAAGAAAGCAAAAUUCGUUUUAACUGUUCUUACUGCAGUAAGAAAUUUAAUUACAGAAGCCAAUUGAAUGUUCAUUUAAGAAUACACACUGGAGAGAAACCUUAUGAAUGCUCUUACUGCAAAAAGAAAUUUACACGAAGGGCGCAUUUGCAAAGUCACGUAUUAUUGCACACUGGAGAGAAACCUUAUGAAUGUUCUUACUGCAAAAAGAAAUUCACACAAAAGUCGCAUUUAAAAAGUCACGUAACAAUACACACAGGCGAGAAAGCAUUUGGAUGUUCUUAUUGCCAAAAAAGAUUUGCCCAUAAGACCACUUUAAGAACUCACCUAUAUACGCACACUGGAGAGAAACCUUAUGAAUGUUCCUUUUGCAACAAGAAAUUUACACAGACAUCACAUUUGAAAGAUCAUUUCAGAACACAUUCCAGAGAGAAACCUUUUGAAUGUUCAUACUGCAAAAAUAAAUUUUCACAUAAAAAUAUAAACACAUAAAAGAUUCAUUUGAGAAUACACACUGGAGAAAAGCUAUUUCAAUGUUCAUACUGCAAAAAGGCAUUCACAAGUAAGAGCUGUUUAGAGAAUCAUUUGAGAAUACACACUGGAGAGAAGCCCUUUGAAUGUUCAUACUGCAAAAAGAAAUUCUCACAACUGUCAAAUAUGAGACGUCACCAAAGAUCCCACUGGAAAGAAUCUUUAAUAGGAGACAAUCAGGCCAUGAUUGGUCAGCCAGUCAUCAACAAAGACUUGUGUACACAGACAGAUAUUGGUUGUCCUUCCAGUUUAGAACAAAGCACAGAAACUUCACCUCAACAAAAGCCAUUUGUUUUCCAUGCAGAAGAUAUUAAAGAUGAAGAAGACAGUAGCAUAGAUGGAGAUGGAAUUAUUGAUGCAAUGUUGAAAGUUCUUGAGAAAAUAACUGAUGGAAAUGAAGCUGAACAUUUGGUAGAGAUUACAGGUGAUAACAACAAUGAAACAGCAGAUAAAUAUGUCAACAAUAAAGAUAGUGAUGAGAAUAUGGAAAGUGAAAUUCAGGRAGGAGAUGSAAAUGUAGGCACUGAACACUUAGUAAAGUUUGCAAGUGACAAUAAUAACAAGACAGAAGAUAUCUCUAUUCCUGACCAUGGGCAGAAGGAGAAACAAAGGAAGCACUUUAAAUGUUCUUACUGCGAAAAGAUAUUUGCCAGAGAAGACACUUUAGGUCGACAAAUCAGAUUGCAUACUAGAGAGAAGCUCUUUGAAUGUUCUUAUUGCAAAAAAGAAUUUGUCAGCGGAGAAGGUUUAACACAUCACUUAAGAACACAUACUGGAGAGAAACCAUUUGAAUGUUCCUACUGCAAAAAGGAGUUUUCAAAUAAGGGAAAUUUGACACGUCACUUAAGACUACACACUGGAGAGAAACCAUUUGGAUGUUCCUACUGCAAAAAGGAGUUUUCACGGAAGGCUAAUUUGAUCUGUCACUUAAGAAUACAUACUGGAGAGAAACCCUUUGAAUGUUCUUAUUGCAAAAAGAGGUUUUCACAGAAGACUAGUUUGAUCUUUCAUCUACCAUUACACACUGGCGAGUUGCAAGUGGUGAACUCUUUUUGCAAUCGGUACGACGUGACAAACUGA